AUGUUUUAUGAUGAUGAUAAGCCCGAAUCGAAUGUUUCCGUUAAUACUGAAUUAAAUAAUGAUUUGGGUCAGAAUAAUUUAAUACAUUUUCAAAGUAAUGAUGAUGGAAAUGAUAAUGGUAAUAACAAUAAUGAUAAUGGUGAUGAUGAUACCAAGGAAUCUUAUCGUGUUCUUAAAUCACCAUUGUCAUCAUCUGAUGGUGGUGGUGGUACACUUGCAAUUUGGGGUUAUAGUCAGUGGAAUAAUAAUUAA